UAAAUAUUUGAACCAUGGACUUAAGCUUCCAUAAAUAACCAUAAACACAUUUUGCUGCUAAUCAACCCACAAACUUACAAAGAAACAAACAGAAAGGAGAGAUGGAGCUGCUUCAGCAUUUUAGCCAUGAACAUCCACUGAUUUUCAGUGAAGAGCAAGGCCAUGAAAGUGAGGAGCAGGCUUAUUGCUCAGGAUGUGGGGAGCUGGUGUUGGGUCCAAGCUUCAGCUGUGUGGAGUGUGGGUUUUACCUUGACAAGAAGUGCGCCGAGGCACCUUCACAGCUGAAUCACCCCUUUCACCGCAACCACAGCCUUAAUCUUCUAGCAAGCUCACCAUAUGAUGCAGGUCCGUUUAUUUGUGAUUUCUGUGGUGAAAUAUGUGACAAGUUUGUUUAUCAUUGUUCUUGUCAUUUAGACCUUCAUAUCAAAUGUGCAUUGUUUUCAUAUAACAUUGCUGAAAAAAGAAUUGGAGAGCUUCAACAAAUUACUCGUAUAGAUCCAUCGAUCUCUAUGGAAAUUGGUAAUGAAGAACUCGAAAGAGCUGAGUGCUUUGCAUGUUGGAAGCCGUUACUAGAUUCUGUGUACUUAUCUCCUGAUUGUGGAUUUUACCUACAUGCCAAAUGUGUUGAUCUACCUGCAGUCAAUCACCUUCCCCUCCAUGAACAUCCUCUUAUUUUACAGUUUAACAGUGAACUUCUCUAUUGCAAGAUAUGCCAAGAAACCCAACGUAGGGGAUUUGUUUAUUGUUGUUCAAUUUGCAAGUUUGCUCUUCACAUUGAAUGCGGGUCACCACCACCAAUUAUUGAAGAUAAAAGUCAUCAACACCCUUUCAUCCUAUUUUGGAGACGUGUCCCAUUCAUUUGUGAUGCAUGUGGCACUGAAGGGAAUUAUGUAUUCUACAUUUGUUCUACCUGCGGCAUUAUAGUCCAUAGGAAAUGCAUUUCAUUGCCGCGCACCCUUAAACACCCAUGGCAUUUUGAGCACCCCAUUUCCCACACCUAUUUCCUUGGGCAAGAUAAGUUUAAAUCAUGGGAAUGCAGAAUUUGCCAUCUAAAGGAUGUGAAUUCAAAGCAUGGAAGCUACUCUUGUUCUAUUUGCGAUUAUAUUGUCCAUGUGAAUUGUGCAAUAGAACAAUAUAACUGGUACGAUUUUGAUGAGUCUGGAAUAAUAGAUGAGAGUCUUGAAGAAAAUUCAGCGUUGCAACCAUAUUCUAUCAUUAAGGAGACCAAAGAUGGAGAAAAUGUGAUAGUCACCGAGAUAAAACAUUUUGGCCAUGAACACAAUUUAAUUUUAAGCAAUGAUGUCAAGGAUGACAAAUGUUGUGACGGUUGCGUGUUAUCCAUCUUUACUUCUUAUUACUAUUGUUCACAAUGUAAUUUCUUAAUUCACAAAUCUUGUGCUGAAUCACCGAGGAAGAAGCGCCUUUGGCGACACAGACACAUGAAGCCUCAUCAACUUAUUACUUCAGACGGCAUUCGCAUAUGUGAUUAUUGUAGGAAUAAAACUAGUGGUUUUGCCUACACCUGUGUUGAAUGCAACGAAUGUUGUUGCCUUCGAUGUGCUUUAAUUUCCGUUUCUCUCAAACAUCAAGGGCAUGAACACCCCCUCUCCAUUCAAAAGUAUCAAGGGUUGUGUAAUGCUUGUGGUAGGUCUUUCAAGUUUGCAUAUACAUUCAGAUGUAAGAGUUGCAAUUUCUCUUUGCACCUUAAAUGUAUGGAUCUAUCACAUAAAGCUCGACACAAAUCUGAUGUGCAUCAUUUCAUACUCACUUAUCAUGAUGAUAAUGAUUAUUCAGAAUCUCAUUAUUGUGACAUAUGUGAAGAAGAAAGAAAUCCAAACCAUUGGUUUUAUUAUUGUGCAAUAUGUGACACAUCAGCUCAUCCCCAUUGUAUUAUUGGAGAAUAUCCAUUUAUCAAGCUUGGGAGCAUCUACACAAAAGAAGAUCAUCCACACCCUCUCACUUUUGUUCAGAUGGUUUAUUAUUAUCCAGAAUGCCAUGCUUGUGGUGAGCUCUGCCUUGAUCUAGCUCUUGAAUGUAAAACAAUUGGAUGCAACUACAUUGUUCAUUGGAGAUGUGAAGAAUUUUCUUUGUUCAGUAGUGAUGAGACAGAUGAGACAAAUGAGUAGUUUAAUGGUGGCACUCAAAACUGCUGCUUUGUCUUGUUGUUUCUAAACCAUUCUGCCUAAGUAUUUGUGUUCUUGUUGGAUUGUUAUCAUUUGAGAAUUUCCAAAAU